CAUAAGCGUCGCACAGGCGAUGAUUCCUACGCUGAUGUGGCCGACCGUCACAAUGGCAGCAAGGACGACAUCGGUCCCGCGACUGGCGCUGCUGUUGCUGUUGUCCGUGGCCCUUGCUGCAGAGGCGUCCGCCGAACCCUUGCUGCGGGAAUCAGACAAAAACGCUGCUGCUGCAAGUGCAGGAUAUGGACCUGUUUUACAACGAGCAAAAAGAUCUUUUAAGCUUGGAGCUGGUCUCAGUCAUCAGUUUAACUUAGGUACUGGGCUUGAGAUUGGCCAUCACCCAGGACAUGGAAAUGGGUAUGGUUAUCCACCACCUCCGCCAUAUCGUCAAUAUUAUGGCCACAUCCCUCUACCUUAUAGCUACAACAAUCAACCAUAUGGCUACAACUAUAAUUAUCCGAUUUAUCCAGCACCUGCACCUGCCAGUACACACAGUCAGUCAUAUAGUGAGGCAUCCAGUUCAGGCUUCGGAAAAAGUUAUUCUGGUGCCCAUCCAGUAGCUCAUGGGUUUGGAAAGUAAGGAGCAGAGAUGCUGAAUCUUUGAAGAUUUGUGAAAUACUUAAUUCCAAGUGCUAAUAUUACUACUUACAUAAUUCAUCUUCCAGUUAAAUUACAUUGUUAUAAGAGUAAUAAUUAUAUGUGUAAUUUAUUUUCUAUAUUAACAAUUCACAAUAAAGAAAAUUAUGCUCUGGCACUAUCCAA